AUGACGGUGGAACCCGUGUGUAGCGAGGUGUUGAUGGAGGAGCAGACUCUCUCCAUCGAACAGAGUUACAAGCAGAUCAUCAUCGAUGCAUCUGAUUUCUCGGGCGCUGUCAACACCAUCGUGGCUACAACGGGGGUCAACGGGAAGGAAGGCAAAGGGGGAAGGGAGCAGACGGACAAGAAGAAGGAUGGAAAGCGGGAGAAGAAGCGAGCCCCCUUCAAGGGGCGCUGCUACAACUGCAAUGAGGAGGGGCACAUGGCUGCCAAGUGCCCCAACAAGAAGAAAGAUACAACGCCCGCGGCAGCCGCGAACGUAGCUGAAGGAGACGGGAAGGGCGUGGCGCUCACCGUCGCGUGUUCGGCUGCAAAGUUGCUGGCCGACGACAAGGACUUGUGGUUCCUUGACUCAGGAUGCUCCCAACACAUGACCGGCCGCAAGGAGUGGUUCACAGUGAUCCGUGACCCAUCUGCAACGAAAUCAGUCAAAGGGUUUGAUGGUUCUAUGCAGGAAGUUGCCGGUGUUGGGCCAGCAAGGAACGGUGCAACGGCUGCAGCGGCAUGCAAUGGCACGGCGGCUGCAGCGGCAUGCAAUGGCACGGCGGCUGCAGCGGCAUGCACCAAUAUGGCGGGUGGAGCGGCGAGCAACAGCACAGGGGCUGCAGCGGCAUGCAACGGCACGGCGGCUGCAGCGGCAAGCAACGGCACGGCAGCUACAGCGGCAUGCAAUGACACGGCGGCUGAGGUGGCAUGCAACGGUAUGCCUAAGGCAUUUGCUGAGGUGGUGUCAAGCGCGCCGUAA